AAUAAACUAUUUAUCAUGGUUUUGUAUUACUAUAUUAUAACAUAUGUAUCCAUUCUAACCAAUUUUAGAUAACAAAAUUGAAUCACAUGAUCUGAAAGACAUGAUGCAUCUCUUUCCUGCAUACAGAAAAUCUUUUUUUCAUUAUUUUUCUUUUUAUAAUAAUAAACUAAAGCAGAGAUGGGUAAAUCAAACAAUUGAUUGAUCGAUAAGGAAGGAAAUAUUAUAGAUCUUGUGCAAUGAGUGAAGAAAGAUCAUUGAAGAAACAAAAGGUUUCUGAUGAAUCAACUGCCGAGAUUGUGGCCGAGGCUGCUGAAGAAGCAUUAAGAUUACAUCCUCAUCCUCAAGUUGAUGAUACUUUAGUUCAUCAUGAUAAUGGGGAAUUUGCCAAAUUUAAAAGACAUCAAACUACAGCUUAUGAUGCUGAAUCAUUAGAAAACAAUACGAUUAAUCCAUUCACAGGGAAUGAAUUCAGUAACCAAUAUUUUAAGAUUUUAAAAGGAAGACGUGAUUUACCUGUUCAUGCUCAACGUAAUGAAUUUUUAAAAGUUUUCCAAAGUACUCAAAUCAUGGUAUUUGUUGGGGAAACUGGGUCAGGUAAAACCACUCAAAUUCCUCAAUUUGUAUUGUUUGAUGACUUACCUCAUCUUACUGGUAGUCAAGUUGCAUGUACCCAACCAAGAAGAGUGGCAGCUAUGUCUGUUGCUGCCAGAGUUGCUGAUGAAUUGGAUGUUGAAUUAGGUCAAGAAGUUGGUUAUAGUAUUCGUUUUGAAAAUAAAACCAGUAAUAAAACCAUUUUAAAAUAUAUGACUGAUGGUAUGUUAUUAAGAGAAGCUAUGGAAGAUCAUGAUUUAAAAAGAUAUUCUGUUAUAAUAUUAGAUGAAGCCCAUGAAAGAACAUUAGCUACUGAUAUUUUAAUGGGUUUAUUAAAACAAGUUAGUAUUAGAAGACCCGAUUUAAAAAUUAUUAUUAUGUCUGCUACUUUAGAUGCUGAAAAAUUUCAAAAAUACUUUAAUGAUGCUCCAUUAUUAGCAGUUCCAGGUAGAACUCAUCCUGUGGAAAUUUAUUAUACACCUGAAUUUCAACGUGAUUAUUUAGAUGCUGCUAUUAGAACUGUAUUACAAAUCCAUGCUACUGAAGAUGAAGGGGAUAUUUUAUUAUUUUUAACUGGGGAAGAAGAAAUUGAAGAUGCAUGUCGUAAGAUUUCAUUAGAAUGUGAUGAAUUAAUAAGAGAACAAGAUUGUGGACCAGUUGAUGUUUAUCCAUUAUAUGGUUCAUUACCACCUCAUCAACAACAAAAGAUUUUUAAUCCUGCCCCUCAAAAAUUAAGACCAAAUGGUAGACCAGGUAGAAAAAUCAUUAUUUCAACUAAUAUAGCUGAAACUUCAUUAACUAUUGAUGGUAUUGUUUAUGUGGUUGAUCCUGGAUUUUCAAAACAAAAAGUUUAUAAUCCAAGAAUUAGAGUUGAAUCAUUAUUAGUAUCACCUAUUUCCAAAGCUUCAGCUCAACAAAGAGCUGGUCGUGCUGGUCGUACUAGACCUGGUAAAUGUUUCAGAUUAUAUACUGAAGAAGCAUUUAAAAAAGAAUUAAUUGAACAAUCAUAUCCUGAAAUUUUAAGAAGUAAUUUAGCCAGUACAGUAUUAGAAUUAAAAAAAUUAGGUAUUGAUGAUUUAGUUCAUUUUGAUUUUAUGGAUCCACCUGCACCAGAAACUAUGAUGAGAGCAUUAGAAGAAUUAAAUUAUUUACAAUGUUUAUCCGAUGAAGGAGAUUUAACUGCUUUAGGUAGAUUAUCAUCUCAAUUCCCAUUAGAUCCAAUGUUAGCUGUGAUGUUAAUUGGAUCACCUGCAUUCAAUUGUUCUGAAGAAAUUUUAAGUAUUGUAUCAUUAAUAUCAGUUCCAAGUGUUUUUGUGAGACCUGCAUCAGCCAGAAAGAGAGCUGAUGAAUGUAAAAUGCAAUUUGCUCAUCCUGAUGGAGAUCAUGUUACGUUAUUAAACGUUUAUGAACAAUUUCAAAGUGAUGAUGCUUUACAAAUUGGAUUACAUCAAUGGUGUCGUGAUAAUUUCUUAAGUUAUAGAUCAUUAACCACUGCUAAAAGUGUUAGAUCUCAAUUAAGAAGAAUUAUGGAAAAAUUCGAUUUAGAAUUAAAUUCAACUUCAAGAGAAGAUGAUAUAAGGAAAGCAUUAGCUGCAGGAUUCUUUAUGCAAGUUGCUAAGAAGAAAUCUGGUAGUAAAGGAUAUUUAACAAUUAAAGAUAAUCAAGAAGUUUUAAUUCAUCCAUCCACUGUAUUAGCCAAGGAUCCAGAAUGGGUUAUAUAUAAUGAAUUUGUCUUGACCAGUAAGAAUUAUAUUAGAACUGUUACAGCUGUAAAUCCAGAAUGGUUAGUUGAAUUAGCCCCAAAAUAUUAUAAUUUAGAACAUUUUAAUAAGGGAGAUGUUAAAUUAUCAUUAGAAAGAGUUAUAGAUAGUGUUGAAACCAAAAAAAGAGUUGAAGAUAGUAAAGAUAAGAAGAAACUGAAAAAGAAAGCUUAAUAAGAAGUAAAACCAAAAUCUUGUGUAUAUUAGAUGAAUAGAUGCAAAUUUAUUCAAAACCUUAAUUUAAUAAAAUAGAGUAUAACUUAAA